AUUAUUCUAGAAUAUUUAGGCUAAAGGCACUACUAUCAAAGAUGCUCUUUCUAAAUGGGAAAAGGAAAAUGAAAUGAAGGCAUCUGAAGCCAAAGAAAUUAAACUAUUGGCCAUUCUUCCUCCAAUAGAGAAGAUGGAUGCUUCACUAUCUACACUAGUGAACUGCGAAAAGCUAUCCUUGUCUACAAACUGUAUAGAGAAGAUAGCAAAUUUGAAUGGACUUAAGAAUCUUCACAUAUUAUCACUUGGAAGAAAUAACAUUAAAAAUCUAACUGGACUGGAAUCUGUGGGUGAUACUCUCGAGGAAUUAUGGAUUUCAUACAACUGUGUUGAGAAACUUAAAGGCAUCAAUGUACUAAAGAAACUGAAGGUUCUAUUCAUGUCAAACAAUUUAGUAAAAGAUUGGGGAGAGUUUGGAAAGCUAGCCGACUUGCCGUGUCUUGCAGAUUUAGUGUUUGUUGGCAAUCCACUUGAGGAGAAAUUCACUGCAGAGGGGACAUGGCGAGAUGAAGUGUCACGAAGGCUGCCUAACCUGAAAAAACUUGAUGGUAUUACGAUUAUCAGACAGGAAGCAGAGGAUGAGGAAUCAUGAGUGAAGCCAUGACAGUUCUGAGAUGAAACUGGCUAUCAGCAGUGAGCAUAUUAGAUGUAGCUGAUGGUAGGAGAGACUCUACGUAGUCACUCACGCUUUCAUUGAUUGGUCCUUUGUAGGGAUUUUAACACGAAUUCAUCAAGUAAUUUUAGAUAGUCACACUUGUUAGUAUCGUAGGUAAGCACUUUGUUAUAGUACAAGACAUAAUGGGGGCGUAUGUAAAAUGAUGCAUUUCAUAGCAGUGUUGAUUGCUGUGUUAAAUAAACAAUGAAUUUGUCACAUGUCAAGA